UCGUCUGUGCGUGCGCGCCCCCGUGUGUCACCUUGCUCCAUCGCUAGAGGUAAAGCACCGACCAGAAUCAGGGCCUUUACCGAGGGACUGUCGUCCGGUUUGAAAAGAGCCAAAGAGAAAAUGGCGGAAGCUUCCAAACCGAAGACCUCUCCCAAGGCCAUUAAGUUCCUCUUUGGGGGACUGGCAGGGAUGGGAGCGACAGUGUUCGUCCAGCCUCUAGAUCUAGUGAAGAACAGGAUGCAGCUGAGUGGUCAGGGAGGAAAGGCCCGGGAAUACAAGACCAGCUUCCAUGCUCUGGCAUCUAUACUGAAGAAUGAAGGAGUAGGAGGCAUCUACACUGGUCUGUCAGCAGGUCUACUCCGCCAGGCUACCUACACCACAACGAGGUUAGGUAUCUACACGGUGUUGUUUGAGAAGAUGACUGGACAGGACGGGACUCCGCCCAACUUCCUCAUGAAGGCUCUGAUUGGUAUGACGGCUGGAGCAACCGGAGCCUUCGUAGGAACACCUGCUGAAGUCGCCUUGAUCAGGAUGACCGCUGAUGGACGUCUCCCAGCAGACCAGAAGAGAGGGUAUUCUAAUGUGUUUAAUGCUCUGGCCAGAAUCACUAAAGAAGAGGGUGUCACCACACUAUGGAGGGGGUGUAUUCCCACCAUGGCCCGUGCUGUAGUGGUCAACGCUGCCCAGCUGGCCUCCUACUCUCAGAGCAAACAGGCUCUUAUAGAGACAGGGUAUUUUGUGGACGGUAUCUUCCUCCAUUUCUGUGCCAGUAUGAUCAGCGGCCUGGUAACCACGGCAGCGUCCAUGCCCGUCGACAUCGUCAAGACCAGGAUUCAGAACAUGAGAAUGAUAGAUGGAAAACCAGAGUUUAAGAAUGGCCUGGACGUGUUGGCCAGGGUGAUUCGUAAUGAAGGGUUCUUCUCUCUGUGGAAGGGUUUCACUCCAUACUACGCCAGACUGGGACCUCACACCGUCCUCACAUUCAUCUUCCUGGAACAGAUGAACAAGGCUUAUAAAGUCUACUUCCUGGAUUAGAGACAGGAGAUGUAAGGAUUGGGAGGAAGGGAAGCUGAUCCUAGUUCUGCACCUACGGGAAACUUCA